AUAAACCCAAAUCCAAACCGGCCGUCGUUUUUUUCUCACACAAGCGCAAAGCCAAACACCAAACUCUACACAGCCAUGGACAAAGUUUCAUCUUCGGAGUGCCUGAAAUUGGAUUCCCAGACGGAGGUGUUCGAUAAGGAGGGCGGUGGAAAAGACCUUUUCUCGCCAGCUAUGGUUCCCCUCAAUUGCGAUACGCCAAUAAUCGAUAACAACUCUAAAGAACCAGAGACUGAACCAUGGACUAUAGACAUAACAGAACUAACGGAAGAAGAACUUCGUACUUAUUUUCAUGUGUUCAGGGGCCCUCCUAGUCAUAGAGGAGGCAAGUCUGAUGAAUCAAAGGCUAAAGAAUCAGCGACUAAAGAAUCAAAGGAUGAAAGAAAACGUUAUAUUGGUGAAUGUCAGUAUUGUUUAAAGGUGGAUGAGCACCCUACGGAAAUAUGCUCUUAUAGGUAUAAAGUCCCAGAGGAUGCAAUUGUUGGCGAGCGUUGUGUGGUUGCAUGUCGUGUAUGUGGCUGCCUCUUUAGAGACUCACGUUGUGCUGAUUGUGGCACAAGCCUAGGAUGUGCAAUUCUCAAGGAGUGUUUAAUAUGUAGGAAGGAAGGUGAACACUUUACUUUUGAGUGCCCGAAAUGCAAUAGGAAUAAUGGUUUUACUUGCGAUCCUUAUACUGGUUGUUUUUCUGUCGAGAUCUUCCCUUUGGAAGGAUAGAGAAUGGAGAUUUAAUCGUAAUUUAGAGUUAAAGCAAAGGAGAGAAUAGUGCUUUUUAAAGUCGUUUUUGUCAUAAAUGCCAUGCAUUCUAUCAUUUUGAUAUCUACAUGGUGAGUUGUUUUUAUCGUAAAUGAAUUGCAAUUUGCAAGACA